AUGCUUGGCUCCGCUAGGCAUGAGCAAGACCCUUCUCUAUUACCUGUCUAUGAUCUACUUGGUGAAUUUCCGGAGUUCCCACAACCAGGUGUCAGAUUUGUCGAUAUUUUCCCCAUCUUUCGCAGCGUUGACGCAACGACCACAGUAAUUGAUCGUUUCGCCGAAUACUUGAAAGACAAAUCGGUGGAUGUCAUUGUAGGUUUGGAAGCGCGUGGAUUCUUGUUUGCGCCACUGGUUGCAGUUCGCCUUGGGAUUUCAUUCGUGCCUAUACGUAAAGAGGGCAAGUUACCUGGCGCGUGUUAUAAAGCCAUCUAUGAGAAGGAAUAUGGACCGGAUACGUUUGAGUUGCAAAAAGACUCAAUCCAGGUCGGUGCGCGGGUUGCUAUCAUGGACGACGUGUUUUCAACAGGAGGAACUGCUGCAGCGGCCGAGCGAUUGAUUAGGAUGGCUGGUGCAACUGUCGUGGCCGACGUUUUCAUCAUUCAAGGGAAGAACUCAAAUGAUGCUGGUGUAUUACAAGCACCCACAUACUCUUUGUUUAGUGUAUAA